AUGCGUGACGUUGUAGAUGGCGAGGGCUCGGCGAUGGUGAGACGCGUCGAGAGGAGGAUGGAGAGAGCGUCUGCUCUUGCCCGCGCUCUCCUCCUCUUGCUCGCUUGCCAUGCGGCUCGUGGAAGGAUGUUGUCAGCGACGAUGCGCUGGGAGAGGGUGGGGGCUACUCCGCAAGAGCUCGUGCCACCUUCAUGCAUGGACAUCCAGUUGGGACCGAGUGGGGGAUGCUCGACAUACAACCAUAGACGGCUGUUGCACACUGUAGAAGCCGUCUUCAACGUAUCAGCGUUCUCCUCCACUCCUAGCCCUGGAAGCCUGGCGCAGACGAAUCAAGCAGCACAGUUCUGUUGGAUGGACGGAACUCAGCCGAAGAAAUGUGAAAACAUGCAGUUCAAAAUCCUGUCGGUCAGGUCGUACGGCAACGCUGUCCUCGUCUACACGAUCUAUCAGAAGGUCGUCCAACAUUCUGGCGCUUCCUGGAACUCUACCGUGUCGUUUGAGGGCAAUGGUUUGAAGCGGUAUGCUCAAUGCACGCAGACCGGUUACUAUAUGGAUUACGCGUGUUUGGCUCCCGACCUUGGCUCCAGUGAACUCACUUGUAAAUUUUGUCUUGACAACUUCGCAGCUUCAGACAUCUACCUCAGCUCUCUCGUCAUUUUUGCUGACUUCUGCUCUUCGCCCAACAGCACCUGCUCUUCUUGUUCCCCCACCGGUACCCUGCCGUCGACUGGAGGAUGCUUGAAUCCCUGGGAGCAAACCUUCGAGAAGACGUAUCAGUUGUAUCCGGUCACGAAUCAUCACUCUCCUGCUAUUACCAUGCUCCCCAUCGUCACGAUCCCGAUCCUCGUCAACCAAAAUUCGACAACCACGAUUGAAGUCCCUGCUGUCGAUGUCGAUGGCAGAGGAAGGCCUCUGACUUGCUCUUCCACCAGCCCGUGCAACAAUGUCCAGAUGAAAUGGGACAUGAAAGGCUGCCCCCCCUGUCCCACGGGCACCCGUGGGACAGGGUCCUGCCCGGCCUGUACGGCCACAAGCUAUCCACCUGGCUGGAACGCUGAUUACAUCCUUACCCUUCACUCGGACGCCUUGCGCGACUCAACAACGACCUUGACGGCUAGCGAUACCCUGUCAGAGUGGAAGCUCUCUUCGCGGGACGACGGUGACGGGGGAGGCAUCAACGUGGAGGUCAGGGGGGUGAUGUUGGUGACAACUAACGUCAGGACUCCGAACAUGAUGGUUUUCUAUCCGGUGAGAUUUUUGGUGUCGGAUCCCUUCAACGUCUCUGUGCCCAUCGAGUUCAUGAUCUCUCUCUGUCCCUCCAUCGUCCCCUACACGCUCGACAGUCAGGGGAUCUCAGUCUCAACCGCCACCAGCACCAAAGUGCUGGCUCCAGUGUUUGUGAGCUACAACAACUCCCGCCUCUCUCCUCCUGUCAAGAAGGUGACCUGUGUAGCAAACGAGCCUUGCUCCUUCGUCGUCACGGCCGUCCCGUUCACCGUAAGCGAUACCUCCUUCCCCUGCCUGUGGAGCUCGACCGUCGCUACCAGCCGAUGUGACCAGAAGAUCAACACGGACGGCAACAUCGAGUACGACCUGGAGCACGCGUCCGUUCAAGGUUGUUUUCGCAAGACAACAGGCUCCUCCUUCGACCUCAAGUGUCACUCCUUCAACGAGUCGACGGUGGCGGCAGGGGUGAAGGCCCUGACCGUGUCAGUGUUCGGGCAGCGGACAUCCAUGGCCGGGCCGUCAGAGUUUGACAUCGGGAGGAAACUCUCGUUGUGCUUCCAGGCCCGCUGCUCGACCUGCCGAUCGAGCUGCUACAGCCUCCCUCACUGUGUGGUGGUGGAGAUAGUCGGUCACUUCCCUCGGUUCACCAUCCCAGAGGAUGCUUCAGGAUGCUUCUUCAAGACUUUUCAGACCCUCGACAACGUGCUGCAGGGAGUCCCCGAUGUCUCGACGUUGCGAUCGACGUGCACGGAGCUUCAAGCCUGUUGGAAAGAGGAGAAGACAGUCCUGCUGUCCUCGUCCUCCCUCGGGAACGAUGACGGGAACUCGUCCCUGUACGGAGCAGCCGCUGCAGCAGAGUUCCAAUUUGAGGCCUUCGACGACGAUCGAGGGGAGACAGUGGAGCUGCAGGUGCUCAACGACACGAACCGUUCCAACGUCUACUUCCUCGACGACUCUGUCCACUCCAUCUCCCUCUACACUCACCACCCCUCCUCCUCCUGCGAUCGGCGCCCGUCCAGCCUCCUGCACGUCUACGAUGAGACCUGUAGGACGGCCCUUGUCUAUCUGAACGUGUCUGAAGGACUUCCUGGCGAAUAUUUCUACAGUCAGUUCAUCUCUCCUCGCGUCGCUUGCCUGCUCGCCACAGACAACCAGGCAGUCUACCGAGGCAGGGGCCUCAACAACACUUCCCUCCGCUGUCACUCCAUCAACUUCCAAGGCCCCCCCGUCUUCCUCCGCCACUCUUCCAACCUCCUCGACUCUCCCUUCCCUGCUCAAGAUCUGAACAUGAUGGGCAACGGCACCAGCCUCUUCUCAGCCUACGUAGGAAGGCAGGUCGCGUUCAGCAUGCGAGCAAGGGAUCCAAACUCUGGAGACGACGUCGAGAUUGUCACUCUAGAGGAUCCCGGCCUUCCAACUGCCUCCCAGCUCACCCCCAGCUCCUGUGUUAGCAUAACCACCCCCUCGGGUCAGAACGUCUCGGGGGGUCCCGGGUCGUGUGUGGAGGCGGUCAGGCAGCUGAGGUGGACGCCCAUGGGAGGAGAGGACGGAAGGGUGUACAGGUUCUGCUUCCUCGCCAAGGACUCUUCCUCCAUCUGCCUCCAAACGUUCCCUCACCUCCUCUCCUCCCCGAGCCGCCUCGCGACUUCCCGCGGCUUCUACGGCCUCCCGCACUGUGUCAAGGUCGAAGUCCAACCAGCGAUCGUCUCCUGGUCCAACGAAACGAUCGCUUCCUCCCAGGGCACAGUCGUGGCGGCGCAUGUCGGCUGCCAGGAGCGCUACUACUUCUUCGCUUCCUCCGAUCACUACCUCGUCGAGAUCCUCCCCAGCUCCUCCACUCCCCUCCUGGACGGCAUGACUCUGCUCUCCUCCUCCUCCCUCCUCAGCACUGCUACCCAGACUGUCCUUCAGUGGAGCCCUCCUAUAGGGACCGAGGGCUCGGUGACGAGGAUGUGUAUGGUCCUCAGAGCACGAGGAUUCGGUGGAGGAGCCUUUGGGGACCCUCAGACGAUCUACGCAGGAGGAGGAGGAGGAGGAGAACGAUGCCUCGUUAUUCACGUUCAGCGCUGCAAGUACUGCAUUGCUACAGGGGAGACUCUCCUGUCUCAGAUGCGCUUCUUUCUUCCCGGCAUGAAUUGGCUUCGCCUGUGGGCGGUGAACGGCAACGAGGAUGGAGACCCGCGAACGCCGACCAUCGAAGAUCCCUUCUUUGUUGCGACUGACGGCAACUCGACUGUCCUCAACGUGGGAAUGAUCUACCGGACCAAGAAGGGAGAAACCUUGCUUGACGUGUCCUCCCGCUUCCACACGAAUCUCGUCAGCCUGCUGCAGCUCAACCCGGACCUCGACACCUCCAACUUCUCACUGCCAGCAGGACAAGAAGUCUGUGUAAUCCCAUGCUCAUAA